AUGCAUCCUCAAAUCAAGAGGUUCUUAGCAUUUGUUAAGUAUUUAGUUCAAUCGUGCAGAUCUACGUUCCCUUAUUUAUUUCCAGUAGUUGCUGUAAUAUGCUUACCAUUCAUAAUAAAUCCAAAUUCAAUUGAUAUCUUGAAAAGUAGAUUAACUGUUCUACUUACAAGACCAUCGUACUGUAGCCAAAUUCCGGAAUGCAAAUUGAAAGUUUUGCAAUCCUUGGACGAUCCAAGCAUGGUACUAACCAAGUUUUCCACAUUUGAUCUUAUCUAUGUGCGUCCUUUUUUCGUUGAUCAAAUUGACCAAAUUGUCAUAGAUUCAUUUAAUUCUGGUGUCGUUAAAUUCUUUAUUUCCCAAUGCCUAAGACUAGGAGGUAAAUCAUUCUAUAACGAUGAUUUAUUUUGGCAAUAUUGGAGGGAAUGUAGUCACUUGACGGUAGCAAUAUGCCAUUCUAUGGCGUUCAGCUUUAUACUGAGCAUUACUGUUACUAAAUUAUGGUUCUUCUUCUGUGUGGCUUUAGCAUCAAGCUUAACUGAAUCCUGGAUUCAUAUAUUUGAUAUUAUAGAAUUAGUAUUUAGAACGACUCCCCAUUCAGUAUUUUAG